AUGAAUGCUGCCGUCCGUGCCGUCACCCGCAUGGGGAUAUACGUGGGAGCCAAGGUCUUCCUCAUCUACGAGGGCUACGAGGGGUUGGUGGAGGGGGGAGACAACAUCAAGCAAGCCAACUGGCUCAGCGUCUCCAACAUCAUCCAGCUGGGUGGGACAGUGAUCGGCAGCGCCCGCUGCCAAGCCUUCACCACCCCGGCGGGCCCGCUUCCGUCCGAGUGGGGCGGGCUGCUGGAGGAGCUAGUCCAAGAUGGGCAGAUCAGUGAGGAGGUGGCACAGGAGAACUGUCGCCUGAACAUCGUGGGGCUGGUGGGCUCCAUCGACAACGAUUUCUGUGGCACUGACAUGACUAUUGGCACUGACUCAGCACUGCACCGCAUCAUGGAGGUGAUCGACGCCAUCACCACCACGGCACAGAGCCACCAGCGGACGUUCGUGCUGGAGGUGAUGGGCCGCCACUGUGGGUACCUGGCACUGGUGUCCGGCUUGGCCUCGGGCGCCGACUGGCUCUUCAUCCCCGAAUCUCCUCCGGAGGACGGCUGGGAGGACCUCAUGUGCGAGAGGCUCGGGGAGACACGCAGCAGAGGGUCGCGGCUCAACAUCAUCAUCAUCGCCGAGGGUGCCAUCGACCGCAGCGGCAAACCCAUCUCCUCCAACUACGUGAAAGACCUUGUGGUACAACGCUUGGGCUUUGACACGCGGGUCACUGUCCUUGGCCACGUGCAGCGCGGAGGGACCCCGUCAGCCUUUGACCGUGUGCUGAGCAGCAAGAUGGGGAUGGAAGCGGUGAUGGCGCUGCUGGAGGCCACGCCAGACACCCCUGCCUGUGUGGUGAGCCUCUCGGGGAACCAGUCUGUGCGGCUGCCACUCAUGGAGUGUGUCCAGGUGACGAAGGAUGUGCAGAAGGCCAUGGAUGAGAAGAGGUUUGAGGAGGCCAUCCAGCUCCGUGGGAGGAGCUUUGAGAACAACUGGAACAUCUACAAGCUGCUGGCACACCAGAAGCCAGCGCAGGAGAAGAGCCCCUUCAGCCUGGCCAUCCUGAAUGUGGGUGCCCCUGCUGCCGGCAUGAACGCUGCCGUCAGGUCGGCCGUGCGGAUCGGCAUCUGCCAGGGACACACUGUCUACGUGGUGAGCGAUGGCUUCGAGGGCUUGUCCAAGGGGCAGAUCCGUGAGGUGGGCUGGCACGAUGUGGCAGGCUGGCUGGGACGUGGCGGGUCCAUGCUGGGCACCAAGCGGACGCUACCCAAGACCUGCAUGGAAAAGAUCGUGGAGAACGUGCGGAAAUUCAACAUCCAGGGGCUGCUGGUCAUCGGGGGGUUUGAGGCAUACGAGGGGGUGCUGCAGCUGGUCGAGGCCCGUGGGCAGUACGAGGAGCUCUGCAUUAUCAUGUGUGUCAUCCCCGCCACCAUCAGCAACAACGUGCCUGGGACCGACUUCAGCCUGGGCUCGGACACAGCCGUCAAUGCAGCCAUGGAGAGCUGUGACCGCAUCAAGCAGUCGGCCUCAGGCACCAAGCGCCGCGUCUUCAUCGUGGAGACGAUGGGUGGCUACUGUGGGUACCUGUCGACCGUCACUGGCAUCGCGGUGGGCGCUGACGCCGCCUACGUCUAUGAAGAUCCCUUCACCAUUCACGACCUGAAGGCCAACGUGGAGCACUUGACGGACAAAAUGAAGACGGAUAUCCAGAGAGGGCUGGUGCUGCGCAACGAGAAGUGCCAUGAGCACUACACCACCGAGUUCCUCUACAACCUCUACUCCUCUGAGGGCAAAGGCAUCUUUGACUGCAGGAUUAACGUCCUGGGCCACCUCCAGCAGGGGGGAGCUCCAACCCCCUUUGACCGCAACUACGGGACCAAGCUGGGAGUGAAGGCAGUGCUGUGGAUGUCAGAGAAGCUGCAGGAGGUCUACCGCAAGGGGCGCGUGUUUGCCAACUCAGGUGACUCUGCCUGCGUGAUCGGGCUCAGGAAGAAGGUGGUGGCCUUCAGCCCCGUGACAGAGCUUAAGAAAGUUACUGAUUUUGAGCACAGGCUGCCCCAGGAGCAGUGGUGGCUGAACCUGCGGCUGAUGCUGAAGAUGCUCGCCAACUACCAGAUCAGCCUGACCGAGUACAUCUCGGGGAAGAUGGAGCAUGUCACCCGCCGCACCCUCAGCAUUGAGAAGGGCUUCUAG